AUGGCAUCCUACCACCGUGUUCUUGAUACAUUUGACAGAUCAGUCAAGCUCAAAACUCUCGAAUGUGACUAUGACAUUCACCCAUGGGACAUCCUUGUGGAUGGAUCACGUUGGGAUGGCAAGAUUCGGCUUAUAGGUUUCAUUGAUGUAUUUUUCCUCAUCUGUUACUCGGGUGAUUCUCGCUUUGAGAAGGGCAUUAUAAUAUACAAGGAUGAUGUUUUUAUCCGCGAAAUCCUACAGCAAGCCGAUGUUACUGCUGCAGCGCUAGGUCUUGAGGUAGUGAACAAAGAUGAGAUAAUCGCCGCAAGGGAAAAAGAUCGAGAACCAAUUCUUGAACGAUACUUCAACUUCCAAAGCAUCAAAGGUGGCCUUGACUAUACCAUAACCAGCCUCGGGCACCAAAUUGGGGUCAAGACGCGGUACAACAAGACAGAACUGAAGAAGUAUGUCAUCAAAAUCCGAAAAGGUAGAGAUUUUGCAAUGAAAAAGCGCAUCCUUCGUGGGGUUUCCCAACACGAUUUGUUUGACUUGAUGCACGAUGCAAUUCGACUGGGAAUUGUGACACACGCAGAGCUUGUCGGACAUAUUGUGGGUAAAGCAAUUGGAGGCACAACUGUGGAGGAUAUGGGGUCCAAGUAUUUUGAGGCCAUCACUGGCGCUAGAAGCUCGCAGAAUGUGGCGUUAGCGGGAGAUAGAUGA